CUGAAGGUACGUUUUUCGACUCAAUAUAAUGCUGGUCAAAGAUGGUUCGUCUUGGCGCGCGGACUGUUUUGUUAUGGCCCAAAGCGGUGUCGCGACAUACUAUAUUGAUGGUUCGCCCGACUUUGCGGACGCUAGCCAUGAACCAUCUGUCAACCCAUGUCCCAGCUAGUUUGAUGCACGAUUCAAACAACGCUACUGCUACUGAAACCAGCACUCGAUGUUAAAGUCAACAGCAUCGCAGUUCAAAGAGAUUCGCAAAGAAUGGAAGGCAAAGAAGAAGGAGGAAGAGCAGCAACGCAAGGCUGAGGAUGAACGUGCCCGCGCUGAGGGUCGUCCUGUCGACAAUGGCGACGGUCCUCAGGUGUAUGGCGCUCUUCGUUCUCAAGUACCGCCACCAAAUAUGGGCGGUGGUCCCCAGCUGCCUCCUAUCGGCUAUGCCCCUGCGUCUGGUGGACAAGCUCCACCGUAUGGUACUCAGAGUCCGGGUAUGCCGGAGGGAAUGCCACACAACUACGGCCCGCAGUCCCCAUACGGCCACGGCCAGAAUCAGAUGUACCAACAACCGUCCGAGAAUGGCCAAAGCAACUACCCGCAGUAGUAGAUGACGCUUCCGUACUUCGCCUUUAGUUGAGCUUCAUUCGCCACCUUACAUUGCCUUUAUAAGUUCAACAACGAGAUUAUGCGACGAGCGCACCGUUAG